GGGGAUUAGGGAUUAAAAGUUAAGAACCAGAGAUGAACUUGUAUUUGUCAAGUCACCUACGUUACCCGUCCGACUUAACACAUUCAUUCUAUUCCUACGUAGUACGUACGGCGGUACGAAGGUUUUAAGGUGACGAAGCUAAGAGAUGAACUUGAGGUACCACUACCAGAACAUCUGAAUGUCAUGAGUUAUUCCCAACACAGAUGGACUUGCAAUUCCUUGGAACUGUUUUCCCGGUGAUGAUGCUCCGUAAAUGUCGAAGUGCAAAGAAACAUGCUCAAAUUACAUGUAUACUCGAUCUCUGAGACCAAAGAAUGAAACUAAUUCGCCUAAUGGGACAAAUUCCGCACUACCGCUCGCUCGCUACCGCUGCAUCUCUCGCCUCUCAAACACUUGAAGAGGAACGACGGCAACUGCCUUCUCUAAUAAAAUCAUGCACCCAGAAGACCCAUUUGCUUCAAAUCCACGCCCACCUCGUCUGUACAGGUCUUCUUCAAGACCCCACCAUUUCCCUCAUCUUCUUGUCCCGCCUGGCACUCUCUCCCGCACGAGACGUGGACUAUUCCCGCCAGUUUUUUACUCAAAUCUCGGACCCAUUAACCUUUCACUACAACACCAUGAUCAGGGCCUACUCUAUGAGCAAUUCACCACUGGAGGGGUUUUAUAUGUACCGAGAAAUGAAACGGCAAAGCGUGCGUGUAAACCCUUUGUCUUCUUCGUUUGCUAUCAAGUCUUGUAUUAAGCUUUCUUCAUUGUUAGGGGGAGUUCAGGUUCACGCUAGGAUUUUGACAGAUGGGCACCAGUCUGAUAGCCUAUUGCUUACUAAUUUGAUGGACUUGUAUUCGUGUUGCGAGAGGUGCGAUGAAGCGUGUAAGGUGUUCGACGAUAUACGUGACAGAGAUACCGUUGCUUGGAAUGUGUUGAUUUCUUGUUGUAUGCGUAAUAACAGGACCCGAGAUGCAAUGGGUUUGUUUGAUAUUAUGCAGAGUGGCAGUGAUGGAUGUGAACCCGAUGAUGUCACGUGUUUACUUCUCUUGCAAGCAUGCGCCCACUUGAAUGCAUUGGAAUUUGGUGAAAAGAUCCAUGCUUACAUUGGACAGCAUGGUUAUGGUACUGCCGGCAAGUUGUGUAAUUCUCUGAUAGCAAUGUACUCACGUUGUGGAUGUUUGGAGAAGGCUUAUGGGGUGUUUAAGGGAAUGCGCAACAAGAAUGUGGUUUCAUGGAGUGCAAUGAUUUCAGGUUUAGCAAUGAACGGGCAUGGAAGAGAAGCUAUUGAAGCAUUUUGGGAGAUGCAGAAAUUGGGUAUUCCACCGGAUGAUCAGACGUUUACUGGAGUUCUUUCUGCUUGCAGUCAUUGUGGGUUAGUUGAUGAGGGAAUGAUGUUUUUUGAUCUUAUGAGCAAAGAGUUUGGGAUAGCGCCUAACACUCGUCAUUACGGAUGCGUGGUAGAUCUCUUGGGCCGUGCUGGUUUGCUUGAUCAGGCAUAUCAACUUAUCCUUUCAAUGUCGGUUAAGCCAGAUUCAACAAUGUGGAGAACCUUACUUGGGGCUUGCCGAAUUCAUGGUCAUGUUACCCUUGGAGAACGUGUGGUUGGACAUUUGAUUGAACUUAAGGCUCAAGAAGCUGGGGAUUAUGCUUUGUUGUUGAAUAUUUAUUCCUCGGCUGGCAAGUGGGACAAGGUAAUGGAAGUGAGAAAAUUUAUGCAGGAGAAAGCAAUACAAACCACGCCUGGCUGUAGCACGAUUGUUUUGAAGGGAGUAGUGCAUGAGUUUGUCGUGGAUGAUGUUUCACAUCCACGAAAGGGCGAGAUUUAUGAGAUGCUGAAUGAGAUUAAUCAGCAGCUAAAGAUAGCCGGUUAUGUUGCUGAAGUUUCCGCUGAAUUGCACAAUUUGGGUGCUGAAGAAAAAGGGGAUGCGCUCUCUUAUCACAGUGAGAAAUUGGCUAUUGCAUUUGGGGUUCUUUCAACUCCACCUGGCACAACAAUCAGAGUGGCCAAGAAUCUUCGUACCUGUAUUGAUUGCCACAAUUUUGCAAAGGUUCUCUCGGGUGUUUAUAACCGAGAGGUGAUUGUUAGAGAUCGCACCCGGUUUCAUCAUUUUAAAGAAGGACGUUGCUCCUGCAAUGACUAUUGUUUGACUAGACCAAGGUUAUGUAUGCAUCGCUAGAGAAAUGCUUCUUCCAGUUCGAGCAUUGUUGACACCUGUUAAAAGAUCAACCUAAAUGGAUUUGGCGUUCGACAAAGGAGGACCUAAAGUGAAGGAAGACGAUGUCCCCGUCACUGACCCCGACUUGGUAUUUGGGCGCUAUUUUGGAUUCAGUUUUUGAUCUCGAGGCGGAUAAUGUGAUAGAUAAUGACGUGAUCGAAUUGGACUGACUAAUGGAAAUGAAAGCUGAGAAAGGAAAACGAAAGGCCCAAGCCACGUCAGCACAGGAGAUUGUUGGGCUUAGCAAGAUAAAGUAUACGCUUUUGGAGGAGUCACAUGCUCAGGAGAAAUAGUGUUUUCGCCUUAAAGCCGAAAAGAUGGAGUAUGAUAAAGAAAAAGAGCUAAAUUUCAUCCGUAUUGAGGAUGAAAGACUGAGGUUUGACGCCAAGAAAAUGGAAAAUGAGAAGGAAAAAGAGUUAAAUAAAAUCCGUCAAGAGGACGAAAGAUUGAGGUUGGAGACGGAGAAACUGAGUUCACGAAGAAGGAAGCGGAUCAGCGCAUUAUGAUGAUGGACGUGAGUGCUAUGCCAGGACUGCAGGGGUUAUAUUUCCAGGAACUGCAGAGGGAAAUCAUGGCAAGAUGCAAUG